CCGCCCCUCCCCGCUUCAUUCCUGCCAGGCUCCAGCGUUGGGUGGGGGCAUUGAUGUUUGCCAUGUGCCAGCCGGAAUUCCGCCUCCACCCACAGCUCGGUGAAGCCCAGGGAAAUUCACAGCAGGAUGUGAUCUACCGUAACAAAAAGGACUCCCACCCAGACAAGAACCUCAACUUCAUGAAUGAGAAGUCCUACGAUAGCAAUGAAAACUGGAGCCAACCGAUAUCAAAGGCGCCAAUACCAGAGGAAUGGGAACAGUGGAAUGACAACGGGAUAAAGAAGAUAUCUGAGAAUCUGACUGAUCUAAUACAGAAAGCAAAGAAUUGCUCCAGAAGCAUUUCUCAAAAAUUGUCUGAGGACAAUUUCCUGGGCUUAGGGCAGAAGAAAAGAGAAGAGGAGGACAUCCGUAGACCACCUGAAGGUUCUGAGUUCCGGAGUCCAGAACAAGAGACCAAGUACCAGGUGAAGGUAAAGAAAAAAGGAAGUCUGGUCAGCUCCCCUCUAGAAGACAAGGGUUAUUCCAGCAGUCGUUGGACUGAUAGCCCUGAGAGUGAUGGCACCAAUGUUUGGAAGAUACCUUCUGUCACUGAUGAAGACUGGACACGCAACGCUAAGCAGCAAGCUUCCUGUGGUGAUUUUGAGAGCUCUUCCUCUAGUUCUGAGACCUUCUCCCCAGCACUGGCAGAGGCCUUCAGGAACGUGCAGGAGAAGAAGAAGCUCAAAGAGUUAGAGAAACAGAAAUAUCAGACCCACUUAGUGAUGUACCGCCGCCUGGCUUUGCUCCGCUGGAUUCGCAGCCUCCAGGAGAAGGUUGCUGACCAGCAAAAUCGAUUGCAGGAGAGCUUUGACAUUAUCCUGGACAACCGCAAAGAACUUAUUCGACAAGGUGUGGGGCACACUAAAACCGCAACAUAGAGAGAAUUGUAUAAAACAGCCCCCACCUUCCAUCUUUUCAUUUCUUAGCUUGGCCUCCCAAAUAAGGGUCCUCAGGAUCAUGGCUUGUUUGCAAUGUGCCCCGGUGGACUUUUCUCAUGUUUGAUGUUCCUCCUAGGACAGCAAUUUAAUCAUAGACAUUCCAGACAUAUUAUGUAUGUGGACACAUACUUUUUUUUUCAAGAUAUUUUCCAAGAUGCAUCACUUCUGGGGGUGAAUGUAUUGUAAAUACAACUUACAGUGAAAUGAAAUAAGAGAUGCAUAUGGUAUUACGAUGAGUAGGACCUAUGGUCAUGGAGAAAAAAUGAAAAAUCGUGGACAUAUAGGCUUAUAAAACACUUGCUAAGCAAUCUGAGAUGGAAAAAAGCUUGAAUUGGGAACUUUGCAAGUCAGUUGAGUCUUGUACUACUAAUUGGAUAGAAUGUUGGAUGCUUCAAGCCAUGAUACAACUUGCAUGGCAUGACAUCCUUAUGAUACAGAAGAGGUAGUUCUGUGCCACUAUUUGAUAACCACCCCAAACGGCCAAAUUUCUGUUCCUCCUAGCCAUUUCCAUACUCUUUGUCUUAUUUAUCACCUUUGUUAGUUCUUAACUAGACUCCAUCCUUCUUGCCAGGAAGAAUGGGUUUUGAGUUGGUUUGCUAUCCAAGCUUUUUAUCCUAGCUCACUUCCUACUUCCAGGUGCUCACAACCUUUUCAGCCCUUAAAGUUCAAACCGAUCAGUAUGCAAAACAAGAAUCUUGAAACCAAAGAUCUGGAAGGCUUUAGAAUAGGCAGGAUUCUUCUCCCCAGCCUUAUAUUUAUUUAAUCUGCAUCUAAUUCUUUCCUUGGCCCUUAUCGACUUACCAAAAUGGGAUAAUGCUGAAUCUGAAGCCAGUCUUAAGCUCCUUGAAAGCAUUCGGGAACACGGGGCAGGAAAUGAACCAAUCAACAUGUGUCACGAAUGUGACCAACCCACAAUUCAAAUUGUGUCUCCUGAUCUUCGGCUGAUCCUUGGUAUAUGUUGAACCACUUUACAAGGUUGGAUGUCAACAUACAAAUCUGUGCCUGGGUUGACUGAAGAAAGAGGACCUUGUUUCCUAUGUUUUAGACAAUGACCUCUUUAAAUUAAAAUCAGAAGCAUUUUUCUCUGUACUUCCAAAUAAACCAAAUCUUUCCAAGAGUGUGAUCUCCUUGGAGACCAAAUAAGAUUUUACACAUAACUGCAUGCGCAUUUCUUUAAAUUUAAAAGAAAAACAAAAGCAAUAUGGAAUACUGUAACUUUCAAAGUAGCACAGUUGUACUGGCUAAAAUGGAAGUGUAGUAGCCUCUUGA